AUGCGCUAAACGGUAAUCACACACCAGGAACCAUCUCACACUGUCACAGGUGUAAGUAGGACAGUAAACCACAUUUCAUUGUAUUUCAUUUCUCCCCGGUCCAAACUCCGACAUCUAGGCUACACCUACUAUUUACAUAGUGAAUAAGCUAAAUCUAACAGACGAGUUAUAGCAGACGACAAGUGACAAGUAUUCAUAAUUGUGGAGUGAGCAGGACUAUAGGCUAUCUAUACGCCACAGUUCAUCAUGGCAGUAGCAGACGUUAUACAGACAGUCGUUACUUUUAGCCUGGGAUGUUUUUUUGCAAAUUUUGUCGUCCUGAAAAUGAUUUGGGGAAUCAUCAGAAACCCAAGCAAGGCUUUUUCUGUAAAAGAUAGAAGUGUGCCGCCAUCUUGUUUGAAUGAUCCGAGUCUAGGAACACAUAAUUAUAUUCAGCUCAAGAAUAUUCGUCUACAUUAUGUUGCUAAUGGCGACGAGAAUAAACCCCUUAUGCUGUUUGUACAUGGUUUCCCAGAAUUCUGGUAUUCUUGGAGAUAUCAGUUAAAGGAAUUCUCAAAGGAUUAUCGCUGUGUAGCUAUAGAUCAGCGAGGUUAUAAUGAUUCAGAUAAACCCGCUGGAAUGAUGAAUUAUAAAGUUGGUAUGAUGGUUGAAGAUUUAAGACAACUGAUUCCAGCUUUAGGUUAUAAGACGUGUGUACUAGUUGGCCAUGAUUGGGGAGGAGCUAUAUGUUGGGCGUUUGCAGCUGCUCAUAAAGAAAUGGUGGAUAAGUUAGUUGUCAUGAAUUGUCCACAUCGGGCAGCGAUGGCUAAAUAUCUUAGAAGUCAUAGAUCACAAUUUUUGAAAUCAUGGUACAUGUAUUUCUUUCAACUACCAUGGUUACCAGAAUUGUACUGGCGUAUGAAUGAUUUGGAAGUUCUAGCAUCAGCUUUUACAAGUGAGGAGUUGGGGGUAAAAUCAGGACGGUUCACGGAGAAAGAUUUAGAGGCGUAUAAAUAUGCGUUCUCAAAACCAGGUGCAGCCACAUCAGCUCUGAAUUAUUAUCGAGCCGCAAUGAAGACUUUUAAUCGGGAUAAAAGAUUAGUGGAAGUACCCACCCGGUUAAUAUGGGGCUGUAAAGAUGGCGCCUUAGAUACGGGGCUUGCCGAAGCUACAAAACCUUUUGUUAAAGAUAUGACAAUUAGUUAUAUACCAGAGGCUUCUCAUUGGGUUAUGAUGGAUGAACCAGAGGAAGUUAACAAAUAUAUGCGGCAAUUCUUAAACCAAAAAUAAAAAAUGGUGUCAGUCCUGUAAAAUAUUUAUUCCAUCCUGCCAUAAAAUGCUUGGUAUAUUUAUGCAAUCCGGUUAAAAUACAGAUCUAUAUUUCGUUUCGUUUUUUUAAUACUUUCUAUGACCUCUAAUGCAUGAAGAUCUGACUAGUUGUAGUGAAAGGUCGCGUCAGGGGUGAUGCGAGCGGCUUUUGAUGCUAUGACGUCAGCCAUUUGAUUAACCAAUCCCUCACAUCAUCCAGAACGCGGGUUAUAUAACAACUCUUCCAGAUCCUAGUGUAGUAAAGACAAGUAAAACGAAAUUUUGAACUAUAAAAACGAAAUAGGAUCUGUGCUUUAAUCACUUGCAUGUAUUUUAUAUUUUAUAUAUUAUCUUUUAUUGAUAUAAUUCUACCAUGCUUAAUCGUCUUUAUCUAAUAAAUUAAUACGUCGGUCGUGACGUAAUCAAGGCAACUGAUAUACACACCGUUAAUAAACCUGUGCGCGAGCUACAAUAGGCCUACUUUAUAGUCUCUAUCAUUCAGACAAAUUAUGUUCUACGAACUUGAAGACGAGGGGGUUCUGGAUGUCCGAGACUAAUUCACCCAUAGCAACAGAGCACGAAGAGCAACUGGUUUUAUUUAUUUACAGUUACCGACGGUCCUGCCUCAUAAUGGCUGCAAUGUCUACAAUGUCUACCAGAGUUGCCAUUAAAAUAGUAUGUGGGGCUUGUUCCUAAUGUAAUGAAAUGAAAUUGGGUUUAACAUCCUACUGUUCUGCUCCUAUAGGCCUACUGGGUUAAUGAAGACGGGCAUACGCCAUACAGUGUGCUAUGAGAGAAAUUUUGCCCGGGCAGCUGUACUAUCGCCUACUCUUAUAUCGAAUUCCAACUGCGAAGGGAUCUUUUACGUGCACGUCAAUGUAUACACGGGAUCUCGGUUUUUUGUCCCAUCCGAAGGACAAGACAACUGUCCUUGUCAUGUCCUCUGUCAUGCACCACUGACAAGAGGGGAUCAUGCCGGAAAAACCCGAUGAACUUUAUCAGCCAAUGCAGGGAUCGAACACCCGACCUGCAGGCUAGCAAGUCAUCGAUUUACCCACCUUGCUCCCUGUUCCUAACGUAGUUUGUAUAUACGAGCGUAUACACCAACUAAUUCAAUUGUAUUUUUGACUGUCUAAUGUGUAUGCACUCUAAUUAACUCAAUUGUAUUUGUUACUGUAUGUGUGUACUUAUUAACUUAAAACGAUAAUUUCAUAUUUUCUAAGAAAGUCAAAACAUAAUUAUUUCUAUGUCUUUUGCUCAAUAGGUUAUCAACUCACUAUUAUACGAUCAUGGGCAUUAUUUCCCACCCUUUAAAAUCAUUGACACAGGAAAUAAUAACACAAUUACCUCCCUUGUUUUCCUAUUACCUCCAUGGAAUAGCUAUUUUCAAACGUUUGAAUUUGAAGCUAAAAAUGAUAUUUUUGCCAAUUUCUCAGCUGGCAAUAGUGAAUUAUAGGAUUAAUAAGAUUAUUCUUUAACAAGGUAGGACUGUUUAUGGAUACCAUCUAUUUUAGGUGUUUAUUUUAAUAAAUUUUAAAAAUAUAACUUAAAAAUAUGAAAUUGUAACUUUAAUUGUAUUUGUUACUGUAUGUGUGUGUGGAUAUAUACUAAUUCCAUUUAUCAUUUUAUGUUUUAGAACAAUUUAUACAAAUAUGCACCGUGUUGUAAUAAAUAGAGAGUGACAUGGAUGAUAAUUAGAAUCAUAAUAAAAU